AUGACUUCUAAUUGGUCGUUUACCCAGGGAGACCCCAAAGAGGAUCCAAGCAAUGAGUUUGAGGUUGGACAACAAUUUAAUAACAAGAAAGAAGUCAUGUUGGCAGUUAAGCAGUACAGCAUUAGGAGGGCUGCGGAGUACAAAAUAGUAGAGAGUGACCAUUUGGGGUAUAAUACACAAUGUAUCCAAUUCGGACCCGGUUGUAAUUGGAGUAUACUCAUAUCAUAUCGCCGAAAGCAAGAAAAGUUGGAGGUUAGGAGAUACACUGGUCCUCAUACUUGUAUGCACACAUCGAUGGGGCAAGACUAUCGUAGGUUAGAUUCGAAGGUGAUUGUGCAACAUAUUUUCACGAUGGUCAAAGCCGAUCCAACUAUCAGCAUCAGGGUUCUGCAAGAAGGUGUGGAGAAUCACUUUGGUUACAAGGCAUCAUAUAGAAAGUUUUGGCUUACAAAACAGAGAGUCAUUGCUAGAAUAUAUGGCGAUUGGGAGGAGUCAUACAACGAGCUUCCUCAUUGGUUAUUCGCUAUGCAGAUAUACUUGCUUAGUACUUGGGUGCAACUAGUGACACAGUUUUGGCCUGGUUCCGCCGACACUGUCAUGUUGCAUCACGUUUUUUGGACGUUUCCACUGUGUGUUGAGGCUUUCAAGCAUUGUAAGCCACUUAUCUCCACUGAUGGCACCCACUUAUAUGGUAAAUACGGUUGGACCUUGCUGAUGGCCAUAGCCCGAGACGGCAACGCAAACAUUUUGCCUAUUGCAUUUACUAUUGUCGAGGUUGAGACGAAGGAGGCUUGGUCGUUCUUUCUUUUAUAUCAGCGGCAGCAUGUGACACCACAAUCCGGGGUCUUAGUGAUUUUAGACAAACACAAAUACAUUGAUGGUGAACUGAACGCGGAAGAAAGUUUAUGGAAACCACCUUAUGCCUUCCAGGAGUUUUGUACAAAACACUUUGUAGCUAACUUCAUAACUCACUUUAAGAACAAAGACUUGAAGAAGGUUCUGAUUAACGCAGCGUAUUCGAAGUCGCAGCGUGAGUUCGCUUAUUAUUUUGGCCGGCUGAGGGACAAAAAUGUAGCAAUCACAAACUGGCUUGAAGAAAUGCCUCAGUCACAGUUGGCACAGUAUGCUGAUGAGUCCAGGCCUCCGAGUGAUGUGAUCCAGAGGGUCUCAGGGACAAGUAGUCUCUGCGUACGGGUCCUGAAAGAGACCCAACCGUCUGGCUAG